AACUUUCUCGGCCCUGAUGUCUUUCUCAUAGCAGCCUAAAAGCCUCGAAUGGACACUUUGCGUGCUUCUGAACAGACGACGCGUUUGUUGUUGUUUUUCUUCUUCUUCUUCUUCUGGAAGUGAGGACCGUUUCUUUUUUUUGUGGGGGGGGGGGGGGGGUCGAGGAAGCUGUUCGGAUUUUUGGAUAAUGAAGGAAUUUAAGAGGCUCCAGCGAGGAUCGGACGAGGAGCGCAGAAUAAAAAAAGUUCGGGAGGACGGCGAGAAAACUUUGCAGCGCCCCGCAGAUCCCCCCUCGCCAUGCCGACUCUGGUAGCUCACUCGACAUCGAAUGAAGAAAAACGUCCUCUUUGGGGGUCCCGAGAAACAGGACAAGCGAAGCCCCUGAAACCAAAGUGAUCUCUUGUCUUCUUUUUUUUGUGGUGGUGGUGUUUUUUCUUUUUCUUUUUUCCGGUUGAGAACCUCUCGCUCCCAAGAUGUCUUCCCAGGCUCGGAGCCCCAUUGUUGGAUUGUGCGGGGUGCUCUGCGUCCUGGCGGCCUGGCUCUCGGGCUGCGGCGCGGCGCUGUCCCCCAACGGGACCGUGUUCGAGGACAACUGCAAGAAGACGUCGACCUGCGAGGCUCUGAAGUACAACACAUGCCUGGGCUCUUCGUUGCCCUACACGCAUACCUCCCUGGCCCUGGCCGAGGACUCCUUCACCCAGGACGAGGCUUUCGAGAAGCUGACCAUGUGGUCCGGCCUGCGGAACGCUCCUCGCUGUUGGUCCGUCAUCCAGCCGUUGCUCUGUGCCAUCUACAUGCCCAAGUGUGAGAACGGUCGGGUCGAGCUGCCCAGCCAGAGCCUGUGUUUGGCCACGCGUCGGCCGUGCAGCAUCGUGGACCAGGAGAGAGGCUGGCCCAGCUUCCUCAAGUGUGACAAAUUCCCAAUCGGCUGUUUGAAUGAGGUGCAGAAGCUGAAGUUCAACAUGUCCGGCCAGUGCGAAGCUCCCCUGGUGAAGACGGACAUUCAGUCCAGCUGGUACAAGGACGUGGAGGGCUGCGGCAUCCAGUGUGACAACCCGCUGUUCACCGAGGAGGAGCACAACGACAUGCACGCCUACAUCGCUUACUUCGGCACCAUCACCCUCUUCUGCACCUUCUUCACCCUGGCCACGUUUCUCGCCGACUGGAAGAACUCCAACCGCUACCCGGCAGUCAUUCUCUUCUACAUCAACGCCUGUUUCUUCGUGGGCAGUAUCGGCUGGCUGGCCCAGUUCCUGGAUGGCGCACGCGACGAGAUUGUGUGCAAGAGCGACAACACCAUGCGACUCGGCGAGCCGUCGUCUUCAGAGACGCUGUCGUGCGUCACCAUCUUCAUCAUCGUGUACUACUCCCUGAUGUCGGGCGUGAUUUGGUUUGUGAUGCUGACCUACGCCUGGCACACGUCCUUCAAAGCCCUGGGCACCACGCAGCAGCCGCUGUCUGGCAGGACCUCCUACUUCCACAUGGUCGCCUGGUCCAUCCCCUUCGUCCUCACCGUGGCCAUCCUGGCUAUCGCCGAGGUGGACGGAGACUCCGUGAGCGGGAUCUGUUUUGUCGGCUAUAAGAACUACAGAUACCGAGCUGGGUUUGUGCUGGCCCCCAUCGGCCUGGUGCUCGUCGUCGGCGGCUACUUCCUCAUUCGGGGCGUCAUGACUUUGUUUUCCAUUAAGAGCAACCACCCGGGACUACUGAGUGAGAAAGCUGCCAGCAAAAUCAAAGAAACGAUGCUGAGGCUUGGUAUCUUUGGAUUCCUCGCUUUCGGCUUUGUUUUCAUCACCUUCGGCUGCCACUUCUACGACUUCUUCAACCAGGCGGAAUGGGAGAGGAGCUUCAGAGAAUACGUGCUGUGUGAAGCCAACGUGACAAUCGCCUCGCAGACCAACAAGCCGAUCCCAGAAUGCAUCAUUAAGAACCGGCCCAGCCUGAUGGUGGAGAAAAUCAACCUGUUCUCCAUGUUUGGGACGGGUAUUGCCAUGAGCACCUGGGUCUGGACCAAGGCCACCAUCCUCAUCUGGAAACGGACCUGGUGCAAGGUUAUUGGCCGUAGUGACGAUGAACCCAAGAGGAUCAAGAAGAGCAAGAUGAUCGCCAAGGCGUUUGCGCUCAGGAAGGAACUUCACAAGGACCCGGAAAAGGAGCUGUCCUUCAGCAUGCACACCGUGUCCCAUGAAGGACCAGUGGCUGGAAUCAAUUUUGAGCUAAACGAGCCAUCGAAUGACGUGUCGUCCGCCUGGGCGCAGCAUGUGACCAAGAUGGUGGCGAGGCGAGGUGCCAUCCUGCCUCAGGACAUCUCCGUUACUCCGACCGGCACACCAGUGCCGCCCUCAGAUGAGAGGAACAGGCUGUGGAUGGUGGAGGCUGAGAUCUCACCGGAGAUGAUAAAGAGGAAAAAGAAGAAGAAGAAGAGGAAGAAGGAAGCGCGUCAAGUGGAGGAAGCCGCGGACCGCCAGCGCGAGUUUGGUCACAGCUCGGUGCCUCGCUUGCCCAAACUGCCGUGCCACCCCAGUCUGGUUGCAAAUCUGCAGGAGCAGCAGAGGCAACAGCGGAAGCUGGAGGACGAAGUCCUGCCAGGGUCCUACCCGGAGGUCCAACCCUCCCACCCUCUGUCCCGCGAGCAGAACUUCCCCUAUCCGUCUUACCAGAGCAGUCGGUACAGCUACGGCCGCAGCCACCCACCCACCUUCAACGACCGCCCGGAGGAUCUGGGUCUCGGCCCACGCUGCCUCCCUUCAGCCUCCAGCUGGCAGCCCAGCGGACCUUCCAGCUACCCGGGGGAGACGGAUCUCACCGGCGGGCUGUCGGAGCGGUUGGCCCACGUGGCUCGGGUACCGGCAGGACGAAGGGCCGGCUACGGACCCAUUCACUCCAGGACCAAUUUAAUGGAGGCGGAGCUCAUGGAUGCCGACUCUGACUUCUAAGAGCACAGCUCCGGUGUAUUGCUCUGCGGUACACAGACAGUAAGCGACAAGAAGUGCUGGAUACUUUUAAAAAAACGAACUGAAUUGCAUCUAAUUCCACCUCCCCAGCGUUCCAGAUGGAACUAAGCCGCUCAGUUUUGUAUAUGUUUUUGUGAAAAAACAAGGAUAAAGGCGAGAAAUAUGUUGUGAAUAAAUUAAUGAAAGAAUAUUUUUUUUAAACCUUAUUUGUGUCCAAUCAAAUUUCAAAGGCAACUCCAUAAUGACGAGACAAAAGGCAGCUACACUUUAUAUGGCUUGAAACAGAACCCACUGUGUAUUCACGAGGAAUUUUUAUUUGACACCGUCGACUUUAAAAAAAAAAUGUUAUUACCAUUAAGGACAUUUAAAGAUGAAGGCAGCCGAUGGAACCUUUUAAAAGUCCAUUUCAUUGUUACUCUUUGAAAUUCUUACUGCCCCACGGCUGUGAACACAAACUCUUACAGAAGACCACACAGAUUUACAAAAUGCUACGGGCUACUUGCAAAUACUUUUGAACCCAGGUCUUCUUUGGUGUUAUAUUUAAUGUUUUUUAGACUCCAUUGCUCUCUUCCCACCACUAUUUAGCCAUUCAUUACUAUGUUUAUGUACAGCUAACUAGAGGUACAAUUUGCAUAUGCUCGGUUGCCUGGUGCAAUAAACCAACAAAUAUAGCUUGUUUCAUUUUGCCGUGAGAAAAAAGAAAUAUUGAAAUCAAUGCUGUGGCUAUCUUUUUCUCAAUGAGUUCUCCUUGAAAGUGUUAUUUUUUACUGCAGCAUGUCUACUUUUGUUAAUCUGUUGUACAUAUUCAAUAUAAACUGGGCUUCAUAUGUAUUUUCCUUUCUUCAUCCAUUUCAAAAUCUUUUGUUUGACGUAUUAUAGACCGCAGUGGGCUUAGAAGUCACUUUUUUACUUAAAAUGCUACUAUUUUACAGUCUCUUUCUAAAUAUGUGUUAUGUAUAUAGGUUGUUCAUAGAUUUCCCAAUAAGGGUAUUAUUUGUACAUAUUUAUAUAUUGGAUCACUUGAUUUCUCUGCUGAUAUGAUUUAAAAAAAAAGGGAAGAGUCAACGAUGCUAUAAAAAGUUGUCACUGUACUUGUGCUGUAACCAAAAUGUCACGUAGUAUUGUCAUUUUACACUCAAUAUGGAUAAAUGAUGCUGAAGUAAUUCUUACCCAACGCUGAGCAGUUUCUGUAAUGAAAGUGUUCUAGAUAUUCAUGUGAGAUGUGCAUGAUGGAGAAUAUUUAUGUUAAAAGUAGUUACCACAGUGCUAUAAAUUCAACAAUAUAGGGAGUUGGGUAGCAAAAUAAAGAAUAGCUGAUAUCCACCCAAAGGGUUUAAAUUCAAAGAUUAUUAAGAGGCUAAAUGAAGAUUAUGGUUUUACUUUGUAUGCCCUAAAAGUAAUCAUUUCGGUUUUUGUACGCUGUCAAAAAGAUUUCGGCUUUGAGUUGCUUUCUGUGUUUAGUCUCCCAACUGUGUCAAAAUAAGUUUACUGUCACUUUGUGCAGCUGUACUUUUUGUUUUUAUAUGUAAAUAAAAGGAACCCUACACUU